GCUGGGAUAAUUUUGAAGACGCAGUUGAUUAGGCUUUAUCCUUACUUUUUGGACAAAAAUAUCUGGACACCUGGCCAUCACACCUGCAAGAAGUGAAAAUGACAGAGCUAGACUGCUCUCACAGCUUCCAUUCCUCUGGGAAGACUUUCUGCGAGAACAUUUGUGAAGUCUGACUAUUACCAUCUCUGUUCUUGCUCAUCUCAAAUGUGCGUGGUGUGUUUAAAUUGAUGUUAGGCUUCUGUGCAGCUUCUUCCACACCAAACUCAUCUAAACAACCACGAUUUCGGCCGAUACCGAUCACAUGGAUUAACUGUAGUGUUGUCAAUGUAUUUAGAAUGAGUGCUAUUGUUCGGGGCAGUCGUUAAAAAUUCCAAGGGCCCCUGGUAAAUAGGUUAUUAUUAAAAAAUAAACUUAAUAAUUUGCCUUUUUUUGCGUGAAACAAUUUUUGUAUUUCACACAAACCUGAAUUGAAUUUGACGCAUGUUUUGGAGUAAUACAAAUACAUGUGGAAAUAAACUGUUCAAUAUUUUUUUUUAGGUCAAGAUAACAAAAUGAUAUAAUAAAACAAUACAAAUAAAUACCUUUAGUGAAUAGAAAUCUGUCCAGCUUAACUUAAAAGAGAAUAAAUUCAGUGUCCAGUUUGCAGGGUUCUCCAACUUUCGCUAUCAAAACUGUCAGCUAUUUGUGUUUUAUUUAUGACUGGCAACAUUUAAAUUGUACACUACUUUAUAUAUACUUUAUACUCUGCCGAUAUUGAUCGGUAACGGAUCGAUUGGCGCAUCCCUAAUAUGAACCACACAGGAAGUGGUUUGGUCCGCAACGUAUCAAAGCUGAUGUGUGUGAAUAUCUAAUUUUGUCUAAAAUACGAACGUAAUAGGUCUGCUUUCAUGGAUGAUUAAGGAUAUUAAGAAAUACUCACCUCUGAGAGGCUGAAAUCUGAGGACAUCUACAUUUUUAAAUCCAAAAACAAUUAAUGAAAAAACAAUAUAGUCGACUGGAAAAAAGGGCGCCUGCUCACUCACAAUAGAAGAAAAGAGAAAGAAGCAAAGUCCAGUGGGCGUACACAGUACAAGCUUAUUUUCUACUUCACUUCACAGCAGUAGUAAACGCUGUCUUCUGUUCAUCACCAUGCUGGCGUACAUUUUAUAUACCGCGUUUGCGGGCUUGGCCAUCGUUCCGUUAUGUCUUUACUGGAGAAACCCUUACUUUUGGCAAGAUCUGACUUACACACUUACUGCAAUUAAAAUCGGAAGACGACUCAGGAUAUUUUCGACGCAGAAACCAUUUUACAGCAUUCUGGACAGUUUUUUGGAUAAAGUGGCCAAACAACCGCACAAGAAGUUCAUAUUGUUCGAGGAGAGCAGCUACACGUACAGACAGGCCGACCAAGAAAGCAACCGCGUAGCCAGAGCCCUAUCCAGCCUGCUCAAGGAAGGCGAUACGGCGGCCGUGUUUAUGGGCAACGAGCCACUCUUCGUAUGGCUCUGGCUCGGCCUCUCCAAACUGGGAUGUACCGCUGCGCUGCUCAACUACAACAUUAGGUCCAAAUCUCUGUUGCACUGCUUCUCUUGCUGUGAUGCCAAGGUGCUGCUGGCAGGAGCUGACCUACGAGAGGCUGUGGAGGAGGUGCUCCCAAGUCUGAAGCAGCAGGGGGUCCGUGUGUUCAUCCUCAGCGAAGGACAUGAGUCAGAUGGUAUAGAGUGUCUCUCGGACAAGAUUCAACAGGCCUCCGACCAACCUUUGUCACCUCAGCUGAGGGCCAAUGUUAACAUAAAAAGCCCUGCACUGUACAUCUAUACCUCAGGAACCACAGGGCUUCCCAAGGCGGCUAUCAUUAACCACGAGAGGUUGUGGUUUGCAACCUUUCUUCAGUCAUUUGCCGGCGUACGCUCGGAUGACAUCAUCUACGUGUACCUGCCUCUUUACCACAGCGCUGGCUUCCUCAUGGGGCUGUGUGGAGCCAUCGAAAAUGGCAUCACUGUUGUUUUAAGACGUAGAUUUUCUGCAUCGCACUUCUGGAAUGACUGCAGGAAGUACAAUGUUACAAUUAUUCAGUACAUCGGUGAGAUUAUGCGAUAUCUCUGCAACACACCAAAGCGAGACAAUGACCGAGAUCAUAAAGUCAGAGUGGCGGUGGGAAAUGGGCUAAGAGCAGAUACCUGGGAAGAUUUCCUUAAACGCUUUGGGGAUAUUUGCAUCUGUGAGUGCUAUGGCGCUACGGAAGGAAAUAUUGGCUUUGUCAACUACACUGGGAAGAUUGGAGCCAUUGGCAAAGUGCAUUUCCUUCACAAAAUGGCCUGUCCCUAUGCUCUCAUAAGGUACGACACAGAGAAAGAGGAGCCAGUCAGAGACUCCAAAGGAUUUUGUAUUGAAGUGCCCAGAGGAGAGACUGGUCUGUUGGUGUGUAAGAUUGGAGUGAGCGCCCCCUUCACUGGCUAUGCCAAGAACCAGCAACAGACUGAGAAGAAGAAGCUGAGAGACGUAUUUGUGAAGGGAGACCUCUACUUUAACAGUGGCGACCUCCUUAACAUCGACCACGAGGGCUUUGUCUUCUUUCAAGACCGCAUCGGAGACACUUUCAGGUGGAAAGGAGAAAAUGUGGCAACCACAGAGGUGUCCGAUCAUUUGGUGAUGGUGGACUGCAUUGAGGAGGCUAACGUCUACGGUGUGAAGGUGCCAGGACACGAGGGAAGAAUUGGAAUGGCAGCAUUGACACUGACAGAAAACAUGGACUUUGAUGGCAAAGCUGUGUAUCAGCAUGUGAAAAACUACCUUCCCAGCUACGCAAGACCACGCUUUAUUCGCAUCCAGGAUGCACUGCCGGUGACUGGUACGUUCAAGCAAAUAAAGGUGAAGCUGGCUGAGGAGGGCUUCAAUCCCAGCAUCAUCAAAGAUCAUUUGUUUUUCCUCGAGGACAAUAAGGGCUACGUCCCCAUGACUCAGGAGAUGUUUGAAUCCGUUGCAGAGGGAAGAAUCAAACUGUGAAUCACUUUAGUAGCUGUGAAACUGAUUACGAAGCCUUUACAUAGAGCGGAACACUUUUUCAGUUCAUUUCAAAGCACACAAUGUCCUGGUUUGGUCAUGUUUGAGAAUGAUGUAGUGCAAGCGUCCUUUGUUUUUAACAUGUUUUCAAAGCUCCCAGUUUGUGAUAUUCUCUUCCAAUCCGAUUUAAGCGCUGAUUAAGUGCAUGCAGACUGAGCAUGUUUAAAGGAGUUUGGGCACAGGAGUAGUGUCUAUUGGUGGAGGGGUGGCAUCUGUGUUGGUUUUAGGGGGGGAAGGGAUACAGUUUAUUCUCCUGCAAGUGGAGGUCAAGUGUUUUGGAGCCUGAGACACUUUCAGAGAGCAGCACAACUGGUGGCGACUACCCUGUGCCCACUGAUUGCAGAAACUUGGAACACUGUAGAACUUGGUGAGCUUUUUCAUGGCUUGUUUUCCCACAAUAUUUGCAGACAUCUCUGCCAUCUUUACUGUGUCACCGUCUCCCGCUGUUACUGAUGUUGGGAGCAUGGCGGCUUCAUCUUGAGGGCUUAGUCUUUUCUCAAAGGCAUAGCCGGAUUUGAGACCGGGGUAAUUGUAUGGCAAAGGCUCACUGUUGCAGCUAAGAGAGCGCAUUGGCCUCCUAGACCUAUUCCAAGCCUUGUCAAUCCAAAGCUCCACUUGGGCUUUGUCCAUCCUGGGGGCUGUCUCCUCAGCCUUCUCGGGUAUAGCAUCUUGCUUCUCUUCAUCUCUUUUUACCCCGUCUUUUAACUUUACAUAAUCAGGGGCACGUGUCUCAGCUAGGAGAUUGGAAGCUAUUUUGGAGAUAAUGUCCCAGUCCCUCCGGAUGUCUUCUGCUGUGGUGAACUGUGAGGUCACGGUAAAUCGAAGGAUGCGUUUAGUGUGAAUGUCCGCAGGAAUGAGGUAUAUGGCACCAGAGUGUGUCAGUCUUCUCAGCAGUUCCUGGGUUAAAGCAUUACCGCCCUGAAAGAACAGAAAGCUCAGUUAAAUGCAAUACAGUGGAACCUCGGUUUUGGUUAAUAAUCCGUUCCAAAGCAGCCGUGGAAAACCGAAUCGUAUGAAAACCAAAAAAAUGUUUUCCAUAUGAAACUAUGUCAAUCCAAUUAAUUAAAUCCAGACACGCAGAACACUUUUAAUAUUGAUCAAUUAUACUUUUACAUGAAGAAAACGGUGUUAAAUGCAUAUAAAUAACCAAUUAAAUGGAUAAAUGAACAUUUAACAUAACUUGUACCUUUAUAGAAGACCUUUGUUUGCAAGACAGCGAUGAGCAGCGAGGGAGAGCGGAUGGGAGAGACACAGGCUUCUUUCUUGAAUCCAAUAGUGUUUCCCACCUUAUUUGUCAAAGUGUUACAGCCGAGAUCACACAGACGACGACUUGUGUGCUCACACAACUUUGUUUACAUCAGCUGAAAUAAUCACUACAAUUUGGUUUCAUGGUGGGUUACUUUGCAGCCCCACUCAAUUUCAAAAAGCACAGAAACUGUCUGAAAGCCUGCUCGCCUAACAAAGAGUGACGCAGUGCCCUUGUACGCCUCGUUACGUGAACAGAUGCACUGACAGCGCAGGGAGCACAGCACUUGAUAGAUCCUGGUCGGACACAAAAAAAGGAGACAGACACGGAGUUACACACAUAAUAAAGAUGAUUCAAGGAUUCCCCUGGCCGGAAUCUGUGUCCCAAGUGUAAAAGAACAAGUAUCCAUUCUACACAGAGACUGUGCCACCAAUGCGUAGAUGCUUCGUUUGGGCAGUGGAUUCUACAAAAUGAUACGUGGGCAAACAAACUAGUGUGUGAGGCCCAAUGUUUGGCCGUACGAUAACCGAGACGGUGUACGAAUUUUCGGCGAAAACCGGGGCAUAUAAAAACUGAGGCACCAACGUAUCUUAAAAAAAAACACAGCAAGCGAGACCAAUUUUGAUUAGUCCAAGGAUCCGCUCAUAAUCCCUCGGUCCUUCACCUCUAGAUGAUAAAACCACACAGUUCAUUGACUUACCUUUGAACAAGGUGUGUCUGAGAAGUUUGUACAUCUCCACAAUGAUUAGCUUUUGUAGAACACUUUGCUUCACAGAAAGGACUCAAGGUAACUAUUACAACGUUCAUAUUUUACUACUGCGCUAUACCUACUUUGAGACAGAAGACAACCAGGCCAAGGUAUCUCUUUGCAGGAAUGUCAAAAUGUGGGUCACUCCUUAUCAGAGACUCUAGGAGCUUUGCCAUCUCAAUACCCUAAAGGGGCAGUAAUCAAAGUCAAAGGCAUGCAAAACCAGCGUUUGAUGCGCUAUAUGGACAAAAGUAUUGGGACACCGUUGCAUCUAUAACAGCUUAUGCUCUAAGAUUCUGGGGUUCCAGAAUAACAUUUAUGAGGUUGCUGAUGUUGGACCCGCGAGAGGGCUCACCACCUCUUUUCUAGUUUGCCCCAAAGGUCAGGGUUCUGUACGCACAAAAAAGCACUGCCAUGCAUUAACAGAAAAAUGGAUGCAUAAAAUUGUCCACAAUGCAAAUUCGGUGUGCUCCAAGUCUUUUGUACAUGUAGUGCAUGUACUCCCAUAUAAUGUGCAUGAAGGCAAUAGACUCUAACAUACAUGUCGAAUAUGUGCCUGGAGGUUUUUCAGUCCAAAUGAGCGCAUGACAAACCAAAGCUUGAGGGAGCGGAAACGGCGACUGAGGGGAAUUUGCCAGUUCUGCACAGAAAAAAGAAAUCAGCAUCGUGAUCAGACAAAAUGAUAUACGAGGAGACCUGGAUGUGUAAUACAACAGCACGGGAUCAUACCAUGAAGUCUGUGGCUGUUUGUGAGUUGUCGUGUUUGAGAUAAAUUGGGUCGACACUGAACGUCUGUUGGAGUUUCAGUCUGUCUUUUACCCUGAGACAAACGUGGAAACAACUUAUUCCAACGGUGGGACCAUUUAGGGACUACAUGGUGUCUUACGAGUCUUACAAAAUGUGUGUUAAAUGCAGUACAGAUGAGAUGUAUUCACCAAAAAGCUGUGCAGUCAAAAUGAACCAUCAUCCAUUUCGAUGGGUUGAAGACGAACGAGUCUGCAAAUUCGAUGCCUUCGAGGGACCAGCGCAGCUCUGGACAGAAAUAGGCGGAGCCAGCAUACGCAGCAUCCACAUGGAGCCACAGUCCCUCUUCUGCACCUGCACAAUGGUUCAAAUGAAACAAAUCCAUUGCGUAGAAUAUUUGACUUUAUUAAGAAAUGUAAAUAUAAGGGCAAAUAUGAAGACAUACACACUGGUCCCAGUUCAGAGAGCUUGUCAAAGGCACAAACUCCUGUAGUUCCCAAAGUGGCGCACAGCUUACCCAUGGAAUGAACAUAAGAGGAAAAUGUAAUGUGAUUUAUUUGUAUGAUAGUUGCAUUUUGAACUAGUUAUAGAUUAGGAAAAAUAAAUAUCACACAUGACAUGACAUGAAAGCCUUAGCAGAUAAAGAGAUCUAUUAUGGAGUAUUCCUCAAGCUAUCCUUCAGUACGUACCAGAAAAGGGACCAGUCCUCUCCUCCUGUCCUCUUGUAUUGCUUGUUUCAACGUCUGUCCUCUGAGGGACAGAUGCUCAUCCGUGGGAAGAAAUCGUAUUUUCACCAGAGAGAUCUGACCCGCCUUCUCCACCGAGGAGUGGGCCUGUGAGCAGAGGAACACGUCAUUCAUUGGAACUUUACCUCAGUCAAAGGUGGUAUUGUUGAAAUAGUAUCAACCUGAUCAGAAGCGUAAGCCACUAGUGUUGAAUUGAGGACAGAGUCAUCCAUGUCCUGAUCCAGCUCGGCCCGCAGCUGCAGAAUUUUGUCCUUCCUGGCUGCCAACAAAGCUACCAGUGUGCCUUCGCUGACUGUGCUCUAUUAGGACAGUGUCGGUGUCAUUGACGGCUCAUGAUGUUGAGCGGGGUCAAACAAAGGUGGAGUCUACCUGUAAUAUACCUCCUCCCCUGCUCUCGGAGUGGUGAUGGAGGAAGAAGUGAGGAAGCCCUAAGGCUUUACAAAGCCAGUCCAUCACAUUCAUUUCCAACUCCGUGCAUGCAGGACUGGAUGCCUGUGCAAAACACAAACACGAUAUACGGUAUGAUGAGUAUAGAAGCUCCUGUUGCUUUAUUCCUUCACUCACCCAUGUGAAGCCGACACAGUUGAUGGCGUCAGCCAACAUGUCCCCCAGCAUUGAGGGCCAUGACGUCAGACUGGGGUAGUAGGCGUGCAUGUAAGGACUCUGCCAGUGAACCAUCUGCACAAAGUGUUUAAAACAUGAAUGAAGCUGGAAUCGGGUGACAUGAUGACAAACAGGAACUUACUCCCGGCAUGAUGACCUUCUCAAUGUCGUCAAAGAUUCUCUCCCAGUCUUCAGGCUCUGUGGGUGCACUGUCUGGGAGAAGUGCCUUCAUGUAACCUGGUUUUACAUCUGGAAUCACUCUUCUCUCUCGGAUGGAGCCCAGGUACUUUGUGAUGUAGUCCACCAACUCCUUACCUGAGCCGUAAACAAGGAUGAUAACAUUGCAUGGUAUGUUGUCUCCUGUGAAAAACACUAUAGACUGACAAAAUAAGUCCAUUAUCAAAAUAGCAGGCGGUUAUUACCUCUGCGAUUGUAUUCCUUGGCCUGCAUAUUUCUUCAGGUGAGGUGAGGUUCUUGAGCAGUUUGAGAGUGGUUCUGCAGGGACGCUGCCUUUUUUCAGUGGUCCAGACCAUCUCACAUCUAUAUAGACACAAGUGGGAAGAGCACGCCCUAAAACUGGUGACGCAUUUCAAUGCUUAACAGACGUUCUUUCAUGAUAGAUAGAUAGAUAAUGAAUCAGUCCAAUUGUAUAUAAGAUGUUUACACAAAACUCUCUGAGAAGCAUGAAUAUGUCAAUAUUAUAACUAUAUUGAUGUAUUGAUCUAUUCAUCUUGUACAUUUUUAUCUAUACAUCUGUUCCUCUUUACCACAACAUUAUUAUAUUAUGUUAUGUUAUGUUAUGGGCCGCACGGUGGUCUAGUGGUUAGCACAUUCGCCAAUACAGGAACAGCCUGGAGAUCGGGAAGACCUGGGUUCGAUUCUCCCCUUUGCAUGUUUGCAUGUUCUCCCCGUGUGUGCGUGGGUUUUCUCCGGGUACUCCUCCCACAUUCCCAAAACAUGCAGGUGAGGUUAAUUGGCGACUCUAAAUUGUCCAUAGGUAUGAAUGUGAGUGUGAAUGAUUGUUUGUCUAUAUGUGCCCUGCGAUUGGCUGGCGACCAGUCCAGGAUGUACCCCACCUGUCGCCCAAAGUCAGCUGGGAUAGGCUCCAGCAUGCCCCCGCGACCCUAAUGAGGAUGAAGCGGUAUAGAAAAUGGAUGGAUGUUAUGUUAUGUGGUGUGGUAUGAUAGGGUAUAGUAUUGUAUUGUAUAUUGUAUUAUAUUACAUUACAUUACAUUACAUUAUAUGCCACACGGUGGUGUAGCGGUUAGCAUGUUGGCCAACACAGUAACAGUCUGGAGAUCGGUAACAGUCUGCCCCAGUGAAUGCGCUGCUCAGACACAAUGCC